CUCCUGCCCGAUGGCCUCAGCAGCCACCCACCAUGGCUGCUGCUCCUGAGGUGGCCCUGGUGGAGAGGCAGCUGAGACCCUGACCUGAGACCCAAGUCAUUCCUGCCACAGUGAUGGAGCUGCAUGAAGGGAGCAGCAACUUUCUGAAUGUUGUUUCUGUGAUGGGGCAGCUGCUUCCCAUCUCCCGUUCUCCCUGGUGGCCCCCAGCCCGCUGCCUCUCCCGGGGGGACAGCACACACUUGGUGUGGUGUGGCUCGGGCUCCCGACUUCCUGCAUGCCUGGCAGCAGAGGGCCUGAGUGUGAGCCCCCCAGGGAAACCUCUCUGCUCCUCCUACCAGUGAAGAGAGAUGGUCAGCGAUGCUGCCCCGGUGCCCAGGGCAUGGGGUGUUGGGGUGGGCUGUGGAUGUGUUGGUGCAGCUGAAGGAAAUGGGCUGCGGUGAAGGUCCCGCCGGUGCCGUGGCACAGCAGCCUGCCUUGUGCAGCACCCCAGACCCUCUCUGAAACAGCCUCCCUUCCUCCUGCCAUGGCCCUGGGCUUCACCGUCCUGCUCCUGCUGGGGAUGCUGGGCACGGCUUCCAGGGCUCAGCCCGUGCUGACACAGCCGCACUCCGUGUUCGUGCUGCCCGGGCAGACAGCUCGGCUCUCCUGCACCCUGAGCCCCCAGUACAACAUCAGCCAGUUCGGCAUCUCCUGGUACCAGCAGCGCCCGGGCCACUCCCUCAGGUAUCUGCUCUAUUACAACUCCGAGCGAGACAAGCACAAGCCUGCCAAGACUCCCGACCGCUUCUCAGCCACCAAAGACCUCGCCAGCAACGCCUGCAUCCUCUCCAUCGCCUCCGCCUGCCAGGAUGACAAUGGCACCUACUACUGCUCCCUGUCCCCUGCCUUCCAAUGGCUCUAGAGACGGGAACUAAAGCUUUCCGCGCUUUCCUCGGCGACCCUGACGUGCUCUCAGCAGGGAGAGCAGCAGCCCUGGCAGGGGUGGGAAAAAUCCAUCUUUGCACGCUUGAGCAGGCCCGGCAGCGCUGCCUCGUGCUGGAAGUGCAGGAACCUCCUCUUUGUCCCCAAUGUCCCCAAUGUCCAUGGGCCAUUAGACAGCCCGACACGGGAAGAUGGAGGGCUCGGCUGUGGCCUGGCUUCCCUGGGCUCUUCCAGCACGAGGCUCGACCUUGCUGGGGCUUCCGCAGAGUUUGGCUCACCUGGUAAUAAAGAUAAUAAAGGUCAAUC